AUGCUCAAAGGAAAGAGACCCGGAAUAUUAUUAGUCGAAAAUUAUGAAAAUAAUUGUCAUAAGGAACGUCGCGUUGUUAUUCUUUUCAUAUUUAAUGAAAAAAUGGACGACAAUAGUACGAAGGCAUACGAUGAUUUGCUCAGCAGACUAACUGAAUCAAGUAAACUAAGAUUGAAAGAUGAAGCAUUAUGUUACGGAUUGCCAUAUGGGACAUUCGGAACAAUUGACUGGUUUAUAACAAUUGUGGAGAUCGCUUUAACCUACGCAAAUAUUCCCCUAUAUUCACCUUGGAAAUGGGGUAAAAAGUACGAAAGACCAAAGCCAAGAGAGUUGCUCCUUAAGUCUGCUAAAGUAAUUCUCCCAGUUAUCUAUUCAAUUGUCACUUGCCAUACAAAUUGGACAACGGUAUUAAUAGCAAUAGGGCAACUCAUUCCUUGGAGUAUUAAGAUAGCCAACGAUGGUUAUGCUAGUAAAGUUGGCGAUGAUUUAGAAAAAACUUAUCGCGUUUGCGGACUUUCGUUAACUGUUAUAUUGCAUAUGAUCGGUUGGAUAGGUCUAGGUGCGAUUAUUUUCGAUCCGUACAAGAAUGCUGUUGAAAUAGCAGCCAUGAUGAUAUUUACUACAGCAUAUUUAAUAUGCUAUCACAUGUGUUGCUGGAAAUAUAUGUGUAAAUGUUUUCAUCCAUAUCCUUGUUGCUUAAUUGUGUUUUUUUAUGUUAUCGUGACCACACAUAUCCUAGCUUUACACUUUUUUCUCGCUAAAAUCAAUAAUAAUAUGAAUGGACUUCCUCCAAAUAUUGCCAGCAAAAUAUCGGCUAUUAUCUUUUUUAUAGGAAAGC